AUGCCUCUCGAUACUUCUACCACAUACCCUCUCACCAAGCUCCGGCUGGAUGGCCGGCGGUGGAACGAGCUGCGCUUGAUUCAAGCGCAGAUCUCGACCAACGCCGCUAGCUCUGGAUCGUCUUAUCUGACAAUGGGUAAUACUUCGGUCAUGUGCUCUGUCCACGGACCUGCGGCAGGUCGUCGGGGUGAUGCUACUGGCUCCGCAGGAAGUGCGGGCGCUAUUGUCGAUGUGGAUGUCAAUCUUGCGGGAUUUGCUGCGGUGGAUCGCAGACGACGAGGUGGAGGAGGCGAUAAGAAAUCUUCGCGCAUGGAGGUCCUUCUUCGCUCUGCUUUCCAAUCACACCUUUACACCCAUCUCUACCCACAUAGUACUAUUAGCAUUCACGUCUCCAUUCUCUCCGCCGAUGGCUCUGUGCUCGCCGCAGCUAUCAACGCAUGCACUCUGGCUUUGGUUGAUGCCGGUAUUCCUAUGCCUGGUCUGCUCUGUGCCUGUACAUCUGGUAUGAGUGGCAGCGCCUUGACACCCAAAGAUCCUCGUAGUGAUGAGCUUGACCCUCUCCUGGAUAUGGCGCUCCCUGAAGAGCAAGAAUUGCCGUUCAUGACUAUUGCGACUACGACUAAGGUACCUGUUGGAGAGGAUCAAAUGGACGAAGAAGAAGAGACCGGUAUCUCUUUUAUGAGCAUGGAUUCCAAGGUCCACACCACAUACAUUGAGACAAUGAUGGCUGUGGGAAUUGACGGAUGUGGCCAGAUCCGUGAGUUGUUUGAAGGAGUUAUUAAGAGUUCAAGCCGGGCAUGA